AUGUAUUCUGCUGCACUCAUUAUUUUCAGCGUUGCUACUGCUCACGCCGGUGUCGUGUAUCCGGUUCUGAUUGAAAGCAGAAGCGGCAACUCAACAAGCGCUGUUCAACUUUCUAAAGACUACGUCAUAGACUUGGAAGAAUCCAGUGUUUUAGGGGACAGUCUGUAUUUUUCCGAGUCUAGGUAUGGAGAGGUGAAUCACGAAUUGAUGGAUACUACAGACAUACGUAACAGUGUGUAUGAAAAUUCGGAACACAAAGCAUCAUUUACAAUUACUGAAACAGAUGCGGGAAUUGAAAUGGAAGGCUACCUAAACUUUACGCAUGGGAUUGAGCCAUUGCGAAUACAUGACAAAUCCGGCCGAAUCCCUCACAGAAUAUUUCCGCUCCCGACGCCUGAGGAGGCAAUCCACUUGGAAAUUCCCGUUGAAGAACGUUCCGAUGAAAGUCUACAGCCGAAAAGUGACACUGCAGAGCUACCCACCGUGUGGAGACCUGAAAUGUACGUCAUGUUUGACAGUGUAAUACACAAGUCUCUCAAGGAAAGCAAAUUGAUACAGGCUCAAUACAUCAUAAGGCUAAUGAACAUCGUGAAUGCUAUCUUCAAGACGGUUCCCAAGCCCCGAAUAAACCUCCAGCUUGUUGGAAUACUCGGGUUUCAGACAAAAGAAGAUGAGUAUUUUAUUGUGGAGGAAGAUAACCAAGUCGCAGCGGUUGAGUCAAUAAAAGCCUUUGGACAAUUCACCGCAAACACCACGUUCCCAAGGCUUGCAGAUUUCUACCUGAUGCUCGUUGGGCGCAACUUAGGGAGACGUGACAAGAACACUAACAAAUUAUAUUCUGAUAUUAACGGUGUCGCCUAUACUGGAAUGGUCUGCGUGAAAGGCGCUAAUGUGGGAAUUUCCCAGGAAAUACCUCCUCUGUACUAUAGGUUCGCCACAAUAGCCCACGAAAUUGGGCAUUUGCUCGGGAGCGAGCACGAUGGAAGUGGUCCCACGAAAAACAUCCCGAAACAUCCUGGUGCUCGUGACUGCGAGUACCCUAAGAAAUACAUAAUGAAACGUGGAGGGCCUCAUGGACCGCCUUUCACGUUUUCAAGUUGUAGUGAGGAGCAGAUGCAAUUUGUUUUGAAACUACGUGGAGAGCAAUGCUGGAAAACGCAAUCCGACUAUGACUUUUUUAACGUCACCAAGGAGGUUGCGAACCGGUCGUUCACACCGGAGAGGUUUUGUCGACAGGCAUACCGGGAGCGAUACUCUUCGGCCAGUAUGGAGAACUGCGUCAUAACGUGCCAUAUUGAUAUAUUAGGUUGGUACACAAUCACGGACAAACGCUUUGCUCCAUUUGGUUACCCAUGCGGGGAUAAUGGAAAGCGGUGCUGGUUCGGAAAGUGCGAAAAUAUUGACAGUGAGGUGUCUUGA